ACGAAAUCACGACCGCAUCAGACACAGAAGAAAUAGAGCGAGAGAGAGAGAGAGAGAGCUCCUUCUUCUUCUUCUUCUUCCGCUCACUUAUUAGAUCUGCUCUCUCUAUAUCAGUCUCCAGGGUUUUUGGCCAUUGCUCCUAUUUCUUCUCGGCGACAGCAAUGGUUUCCUCCACCAAACUCAAAUCCGUUGAUUUCUACAGGAAAAUCCCGAGAGAUUUGACGGAGGCAUCUCUAUCAGGCGCUGGGCUAUCCAUUGUAGCUGCUCUCUUCAUGGUCUUCUUGUUUGGAAUGGAGCUGAGUAGUUAUUUGGAAGUCAACACUACCACAUCUGUUAUAGUUGACAAGAGCACUGAUGGGGACUUCUUACGCAUUGAUUUCAACAUCAGUUUUCCUGCACUUUCAUGUGAAUUUGCGUCUGUUGAUGUGAGUGACGUGUUGGGAACUAAUAGGCUGAAUAUAACAAAGACAAUUCGCAAGUUUCCAAUUGAUCCGCAUUUAAGGUCCACUGGCGCAGAAUUCCACUCUGGCCAUACAUUACAUCACAUCAACCAUGGAGAAGAAACUAAGGAAGAGUUCCCUGAUGGGGCUAUACCAUUAACCAGUGGUAGUUUUGAAUCACUUUCACAUCACUUUCCAAUAUUGGUGGUUAACUUUAAUGCACCAUGGUGCUACUGGAGUAAUCGCCUGAAACCUUCAUGGGAGAAAGCAGCUAAUAUAAUAAAGCAAAAAUAUGAUCCUGAGACUGAUGGCCGUGUUCUUCUAGGAAACGUUGAUUGCACGGAAGAACCUGCGCUGUGUAAGAGGAAUCACAUACAAGGCUAUCCAUCUAUUCGUAUUUUCCGCAAAGGCAGUGACCUUAGAGAGGACCAUGGACACCACGAACAUGAAUCUUACUAUGGAGAUCGGGACACAAAGAGUAUAGUUAAGAUGGUGGACGAAUUGGUCGCACCUAUCCACCCGGAGACUCACAAGGUAGCUUUAGAUGGUAAAUCCAAUGAUACCGUAAAACAUCUUAAAAAGGCACCAGUUACAGGAGGUUGUAGAGUUGAAGGUUAUGUACGUGUAAAGAAGGUUCCAGGAAACCUCGUUAUCUCAGCUCAUUCAGGAGCUCAUUCAUUCGAUUCUUCUCAAAUGAACAUGUCGCAUGUUGUUUCCCAUCUUUCAUUUGGGAGGAUGAUUUCUCCUAGGUUGCUGACUGAUAUGAAGCGGUUGCUGCCAUAUCUAGGCCAAAGCCAUGACAGGCUGGAUGGAAAGGCAUUCAUAAAUCAACAUGAGUUUGGUGCCAAUGUUACUAUUGAACACUACCUUCAAAUAGUCAAAACAGAGGUCAUUACAAGAAGAUCAGGUCUAGAGCAAGCAGUAAUAGAGGAAUAUGAAUACACUGCUCACAGCAGCGUGGCUCAGACUUACUACUUACCCGUGGCAAAGUUUCACUUUGAGCUCUCUCCCAUGCAGAUCUUGAUAACCGAAGACCCAAAGUCCUUUUCUCACUUCAUCACAAAUCUAUGCGCCAUUAUUGGUGGUGUUUUCACGGUUGCGGGAAUACUAGAUUCGAUUUUCCACAAUACAAUAAGACUAAUAAAAAAGGUCGAACUCGGCAAAAACAUUUGAUUGGCGACUGGAGGUUAGAGUUAUUCUUUUAUCUACAAAAUCAUAGAAGAACCUCAGACUGUUUACUUCAUAUAGCUGUCCUACAGAGAAAACUUAGUAAAGAGGAAAAAAAAUUGUUUGACACUCUUUAAUUUGUUACGAUUAUUGGUAAUUUAAUAUCCUCCUUGUUUUUUUUUCUCCUUCAA